AAGAUGUACGGAACAGUCCCCAAGCGACGAAGCCAACUCCUCCACCACCAACUGGAGAACAGAACAUUCUUCGACUCCGGCGACCUCGCCCUCUCCCAAGCCCACAAGUCCUCCAGCAUGGGCAGCGUCACGACCGGCACCCAGCAUCCCGUCCGCGAAUCAAUCUCCCGUCCCUUCAAUCCGGUCUCGACGGAGUUGACGAAGACGGACUCUAGCGAGAGCAAAGAAGAGGGCGAUGAUGGGAAGGGGAGUGUGACGAGGUGUAAGAGUCAUUUGUCCGAG